ACCCACAUAAACGAAAUUUGUGUGCGUGGGAUGCAGAGUUAGUUUGCGAUAGCACACGAAUUAUUUAUGUUUACAGAAAUAUGGGUUUUAACACAACAUCAGUUUGGAUUAAGGUGGCAUUUAUAUGCUUGCUUUUAGCACUUGUUUUGUUCGUGAUCGGAUUUGCAACAAUAUCAUGGAUGACUUCUUACAACUAUGCUCUCGGAUUAUGGAAGACUAAGUCAUGUUAUAAUACUAUACGGCAUUAUGAUGGCCGAUGCCGUACUUCUUCGAUUACCAGCGCAUGGUUGAAACUCGCAGGAUGGGAAGACUGGUUCCGGGCAACACAAGCGUUCGAGUGCAUUGGGCUGAUAUGUCUUGGAAUGGCUCUUCUGAUCAUGUUCCUGUUUGUGUUUGUGGAUAGUAUGAAGAAGCGUUCGCCGCUGUUGGCAGUUAUCUUCUUUUGUUUUGGGGCAGUACUUGCAAUGGUGAUCGGGUUUUUGAUACUUGGGCUGAAACUAGAUCAUCUGGACAUAGGUUGGUCCAUGGGUCUCGCUAUCGCCGGAUGUAUUCUAACCUUCGUGGCCGGGGUAAUGAGUGUCAUAGAUUUGAAGAAAUAAAGAAAUAAUGCAAUUAAGCUUUGUAAAUGAUGUACCUGUCUUUAAAAACAUUUCUCAACGUUCUUUUUAUGUUGUUAUCGCUUAGUGGUCCACAAUAAUGACAUGUGGAAUCUUGUGUUAAUGCUAUUCUUUGUAUAUAAAGAUAUUUGAAUAGAGAUAUCUCCGAUGUUGUGUACAUUGAAACAAUACACCUCAAUAGCAAGAUUGUGUGAACAUUUACAACUUAAAUAGCAAUAUUUUGUAAACAUUUAACAUUUACGUUUUUAUCAUUUUGAGAGGAAAGUGUUAUUUUGUUUGACAAAAAUAAGACAUGUUAUCAUUUUCUUUCAGUUUUAAAGCGCCUUCAACUUUUUUGGGGGGUUGGAAAAACAGAACUGUGCUUUUUUAAACUAAGCUUUCUAGUAAUUUAUCUAAAAGAAGUGCAUCAUUAUCAUCAUUAAGUCUUCUUCAACACAGCGUCCCUAGAGCUAUUAAAAAUGAAAUUUUAUAACGCGUGUGUGACUCCCGUUUGUAAAAAUAGAAGAUAAGGCCUUACUAAUUUACAUAAUGAGAGCGGACGAGUUGAUUAGAAUCAUCGAGGGGUUUCAUUAUUGUUGUUGUAUUUUAUCGACAGCAAAUUUCAUUUUAGCACAUUUUUUUAGACGUUCUGUUACAGACAUGUCAGAUAUAUCGGUAUCUUGGUUUUUCAAGCAUAAAUUAACUUGGCCUUUUUAGUUUUUGCUGCUACUGGCUAUAACUUGUUAUUAAUGAAUGAAUUGACUUCAUAUUAUAACACAACAUUCUUAUGUGUAUCAAACGCAAAUUGACCUUGGCUAUUUUAUGACAUUGACCUUUAAGGUUAACAUUUUGGAAACAUCUUAUUAAAAGUUGUUUGGCUAUAAAUAACCUUGACCGUCAAGGUCAAAUUAUUGAACUUUGGUUGAAUUGUUAUAAGUUUGUAAUUUAUGUACGGAUUUGAUUAAUACUUGGACAAAGCAGUCUUGCAUAUCAGACUGGUGUUUCCGUUAGUUUUACCCAUGCCGGAAAUUUCAUCUGGCAUGGGGUGCUAGAUUAGUCGCGUGCUGUACAAUGGCACAAUUUAGAUGACUUAAUUUUACCGUUAUGAUUGAAGUUGUAAUUUCAUAGAUGUUAUAAAAAUAAUUACGGGAGUAAUGAUAUAAAUUUCCAUGGAAAAUUGUUUUAUUAAGGUUAAGAGUUUAAAAUAUAAUGGAAUAUGGUAGAUUAUGCAAGAAAAAAUAUCUGUCAUAUAUUUGCGGUCCGGAUCGGAAACUCUGUCCCUCGGGAACCCGCCCAUGGUCGGUAAGCCUCGUUACCGCCCAACUGGCGGGUCCCCUCGGGACGGAUAUUCCGAUCUGAACCGCAACAUAUGACAGAUAUUAUUAAGACAUGCUACCCAACAAACAUAUUGAAAAAUUUAGAUGCGACGCUGACUUUAAAUGAAAUGAGUGAAAUUAUCUUGUUUUUCUCGUUGUUAUAGUUGUUGUUGUUGUUUACUGUAACUAACUGUUUUUGUAAAUUUACUGUAACUUGGUAAUUACACAAUGGAUUAUUUUCAAAACUUUGAUUUUACAAAACAACGUUUCUUCUAAAAAAUGAACUGACCUUAGCAUUGACCUUAAAAUGACUUUAAUCGUUGUCAUUAUUUUGUUAUUUAUGCACGGAUUUGAUUCAUAUGUGGACAAAACAACACUUUUGACCAAACAGACAUAUGGAAUCAUUUAGAUAAGACAUUGACCUUGAAUUGACAUUGACCGUGAAAUGAUUCAAUUUUAUUAUAUUUUCUUGACUUUGUCAUUUAUUUAUGGAAAGGAUGCACACUCCGACAAAACAACAAGUGUGACUAGACAGACCUAUUGAAAUUUAAAAAAGGGGAAAAGCUUAUUUUUUUCUUUAAUUUUCGUUUUAAAGAUUUGUUUAAAAUGUUUAUUCGUUUGCAUUUAGAAAAAUUAAAAAAAGUCGAGCGUUGCUCCGACCUGCGAUGGCUCUUGUUAAUCUGAAACAAUUUAUCUAAAAAUAACAAGUUUAACCUUUAGAAAAGCUGAAGGUCGCUUUAAAUACGAGCUUUAUUUUAUACAUAAUGUAACGUUCUAUUUAUAUACAUGUAUACACGCAGUUUAUUCAGUGUGUUGAUUUGAAGUAUAAAUUGUUGUUUAUCUUAAUCUUCGCACACCAAGGACGUACCUUUUUUUGUUACAAUUGUUACAAAAAUAUAUGGUACUAGUACAUUGCAUUUGCAGGCUUAGUUAAUUUGUGUUUGUUAUUAUGUGUUGAUAGUGAAGGCUUUGUUAAUCUGUGUUUGUUAUUAUGAUGAAUAUAUUACAGCUUGAGGGCAUCCGAUUUAUUUUCAUUUUAAUAUUUUUAUAAUUGUAUAUUAUUAGAUUAAUUACAAAUGCGCGUUAACUUAAAAUACCUUACAUACACUGUUUCUUUAUAUGCUGUGGUGCAAUACACUUAUUUUGUAUUUUAGCAUUUUUGUUUGGCCGAUGACCAGUCGAAUCAAGCGCUGAAAGCACAGUAUUCAUUGUAUUUAUAGAUAGCAAAAUUAUUUCAGAAGACUUAAAUGACCUAAAUGAUUUCCAAUACCCCUUUAAACACAUACAAAAUGACACUGACAAAUACUUAAUUGAAAGUAAAGAAAGAACAGUAACCUUAAGGCUUCUACGGACAAUUUUACUUGCACAUCUACACGUUUCUCCUUUACAAUCAGGACUUAUCUUGCUAUUUCCCUAAAUGUGAUAAACACGAUUGUAUUUUUUUUUAAAUGUUAUGACACCGCUAAUACAAGACUAAAUAGUGGGAACAGAAGUUUUCUACACCAUUGAACUUUGCCAUAAUUUAGCAGUGUUUGGUGAAUUUGGGGGUGCAAGUAAUAUUUCAGCCUGUCAAAUGAAAGACAAUGUGCAGAUGUGUCUUAUGUUUAGAUUCAAAGGCCAUAUCAUAAUAACUGCUUCUAAAGAAAAGUAUUCUAACUGAUAAAAUGUUGGUAUUUACUGUAUUACGUAGCUGUAUUAAACUUUGAAACACAGAAA